AUCCCCUGCUCUAUACGACGAAACACAACAUCCUUCUCGUCCCAUUUGCAGCAGCCAGUUGUCCACCAACUCCUUCCUUCCCCCCAUCGACGCUGCACCACGCCGAGUCAUCCUCGCCUGACGACGAGAGCCUCUCACCAACAGCUUCUUCCCUUGAGUCGCCCCUCUCUCCAUUUUCGUUGCAACUGAAGAAAUGGGGAAUUGAUAUCUCUUGCGGUACAACUUACAAGCUUUUACAUUACUGUAUGCUUGUAUAAAAUGGAGGAUCAAUCAUUUUUUGAUAGAAUGAUCAAACAUCUACGUGCCUCAUGCAAAUAUUAUACCGGGUAUCCUAAAGAUUUGGACCCUUCACGGGUAGUUCAUUUUACAUCAGAGCGUGAAUUUGUCCAGCUUCUUCAUGAAGGACGCCCUGUAGUUGUUGCUUUUACCAUCAGGGGUAAUUACACAAAACAUCUUGACCGGGUACUUGAGGAAGCUGCUGCUGAGUUCUAUCCACAUGUAAAAUUUGUGCGUGUUGAAUGCCCAAAAUAUCCAGGUUUCUGCAUAACAAGGCAGAAGAAGGAAUAUCCAUUCAUUGAAAUAUUUCACAGUCCAGCACAAGCUACCAUUCAAGGAAGGGUUGUUGAUCCAGGUGUCACAAGAUACUCCGUAAAAGUUCUACCUUUCAACUAUGACCUCAGUGCUUAUGGAUUUCGAGAAUUUUUCAAGCGCCAAAAUAUACAAUCAUCAGAGGCAAAAUAAUGACUUUGUGGUGACAAGUGUUUGGAAUAUCUUUAUAUUCCUGUUGUAGAAUUUCUACUGCUUGUAGUAUUGUUUUUCCUGUCUUGUUUUAACGGGAAACAUUAUUAUUACUUUGAGAAAUUGAUUUCCUAAAGGCUGCAUAUGAUUUCCUUUUGCUGGAUC